AUGGACUUAUGGACCAAUUGGAAUGGUCCUAUUUGGACCAUUCCAGUUGAUCAAAAUAAAUUUAAAUGGAAUAUCGAGACACUCUCAGGAUGCCAUAAGGCAGUAUUGGGAAGAUUACUAUGUCCAAUG